AUGAAAGAAAAUCAACAAAAAGCCCUCCGAGAAACUGACCCUAUCAAAAAACAAGCCCUGAUAGCCGAAAUUGAAUCUGAUGGCAAAUUACUUCAGCAAAAAUACCGAGAACACCAAGAGCAUUCCAAUAAAUAUAGGUUUAAUCCGGCUGAGAAAGUUAGGGGCAUGAUUGAUGACCCCGAUAAUCCUUUUGGUAAUUAUGGCAAUAACACUUAUCCUGAUGGGAAUGGCUCUAAUCACUUUCCUCGGCAGAGAAAGCAGGGUCAACCCGAGCAAGAGCCAAGACCGCAAAGCCCAAAGGAAACUAAAAGCCGAACAAGCCCUAGAAGAAAGAAUGCUUCGAAGAAUGGAAACUUUAAAAAAACUCCGAGAAUAAAUAUUAUGUAUUACGAAGAAAUCCCUAGUCCACAAACCAUCCAAACCCAAAAAAGAAAAAAACAGCAACAGGCUACCAUGCUGAUUGCUUUAAUUCUCAUUGGCGGCUUAGCUUAUUACUUUUUGGCUUAUGUGCCGGAAGAAAGAAACCGAGCGAAAGAAGAAAUUGAAGAAAUGUUUAAGCAAAACUUUAUGGUUUUACCCGAAAAGCUAGAUAAAACUCUCUGGGCAGAAACUAUUGAACGCAAAGCGGAAGAGUUAGAGCAAGAAGAAAAGGACAAGCCAAGAAAGAUGCGAGAAGCAGCAAUCAACAACAUAAAAAACUCCCUAGAAGAAAACGAAAAACAAUUACCUGAAAUCCAAAAAGCUCUUGAAGAAUUUGCUAAGAAGAAGCCAAUAAUUUCAUCCUUGAAAAAAGCAGAAAAGUUGCCAGACGGAAAAAAGAUAUAUCCACUUUAUUUUGACGCCCGAGCAGUUUAUCGAAUUCAGUUUCCACCAUCUCUGUGGAAUAAUUUAUCCGAAGAACAAAAAGAGUUAGCUAAAUCUAAUGGACACGGAGAACUUACCCUUAAAGAUGAAGUAUCAGGCUAUAAGUUUAGCCGAUUAAUCGAAGACUGA